UUUCCAAGUGACUUCUAAUUUACUAAAUAAUAUAUUCCAAUAAUUUAUUAAUAAAAUGUUCAAGCAACACAAAAUCAAAUCGCGUAAAAAAAUGUCUAGAAAUACAGUGAAACAUUACAGUGAAACAGCAAUAGAAUCUAAUAACCUCUCCUUAUCAACAUCAAAUGUCAAUAGCACUGCAUGCUCUAUCAGAAAGUCAAAAUGUAUAUCCCCAACCAUUUCAUCAGUAUCAAACAUAAAUUAUAAAUCAUCUAUGAUGGUCGAACAGCCACAAUUUAUCACAAAAGCGCCUAAAAAUGCAGCAAUACAUUUUGGAAAUUUUUAUGGUCUUUGGAAUGAUGUAGAAAAAGUAUAUUCCAAUAAUCAAUGGAAUAAUCAUUUUACAAAAGAAAAAACAGCGAUGAUUAAGAGACCGCAUCGAUUAGAGUUUACUAGGCAAAUGGUGCAUAGAUUGGAAAAAGCAACUGACAUGGAAGAUUACAUGCGACAAGUAUCGGUUCUUUUAAAGAAGACAGUAGAGCCACCCAACUUUAAAUUAAAUCAACUUCUACCUAAAAAUUCAAUUCCUAACGGAACUCAAAGUUCUUCGGAUUAUCCACUCUGGUACAAGGAGCCUUAUAAGCUAUCAUUAGUAUUCUCAAAUCCUGUCGCUCAACUAAAAGCAUAAAUAUUUGAAGAAUCUGUUUCAGUCAAUGUAAUUAAAAAAUAUCUGCGCAAA